AUGACCAUGGUCAGGGAGCUAAUUGGUAGUGAGGUGGCUGAGGUACUACCCUUGGUCUGGCUUAGAGUAGUACCCAGCCAAGAUACAAAUUUGGGUCUGAUGCCUUCAGACAAUGUCACCACCCAGUUUGAACCGUUGCCUGGCUGGGCAAUACUGAUGUGCUGUGAAGAUGCUUUGGAGGGAUCCAGAAAGCAAGGGCACCCUCGGAAAACCUCAGUUAAGAAACUAAACAUGAAAGUCCACAUAAAUGCCACCGGUGACACCCUUGUCAUGAAAUUUCUUCGUCCAAAUCCCAACACCAAGCUUGAAGGAUUUGUUCUGGGAUAUGGAAGCAAUUUCUUCUCAAAUCAGUAUAUCCAGUGGCCAGAAAAUGGAAAGUCGUAUGUAACAGAAGUUGAUGCUGAACCCAGAUAUUUGGUUGCUGUGAAACCAAAUGAAAGUAAUAAGAAAAGCUGCAAAGACAAGAGUUCUGCCAAGAAGCCUCUCCAACUUGUUGUUGGUACCUUGACUCCGUCCUCUGUGUUUCUGUCAUGGGGCAUCCUUAUUAAUCCACAGGUUGACUGGUCUGUUUUAAAUAAAUGUCCAAAUGACAGGUUUUACACAGUUCGUUACCGUGAAAAAAAUAAAGACUGGCUUUUCCAACUUUGCCCAACCACGGAAAUAGUCAUAGACAAUCUGAAACCCAAUACUAUGUAUGAAUUUGGUGUCAAGGAUAACACAGAAGAUGGGAUCUGGAGCAACUCUUACAGCCAUAAGACAAUACCCAAAGGUAAAGACAAUGGGCAUGUUCAAAGUACUUAUAAGAAUCACAAAAGCAUUAUACAGAUGCCUGGUGACAAUACAAAAGCAUUCAUUCCAAUAACUGUGAUUAAACAAGGCAUUCAAAAUCUUUCUAAUUUGAUACAACCUAAAUCGACAGCUGCACCUCCGCCGACAGAGCACACCCCAGUUCACAAGGAAGAAACUAAGAAGCCUUUCACAACCACAACAAAACCUCGUACUCCUAAGCCAAAACCAGUCUUCAAAUUUACGGAGCCUCCUCCAGUUGCCAAAACGGAAAAACCUGAUGUUGAAUACCCUGAAGCAGCUCCAAAAGAAAGAUCACUAUUUGAAACUAAACCUCUUCUUAGUACACCAGUGCCACAGUAUGAACAUGGCAGCACAGAACCUAUUCCUGAAAUAAUAAAAACAGAUGCAUCUCACACCACUGAGCAAGAAAAAAUACAUUUAGCUUCCAGCGAUAAGACCUCUGCUCAAACGUAUACCGCAGCCCACAAGCCAGUUACAGAGACCACAGCUGCUCCAAAAGAAAGAUCACUACUUGAAACUAAACCUCUUCUUAGUACAGCAGUGCCACAGUAUGAACAUGGCAGCACAGAACCCAUUCCUGAAAUAAUAAAAACAGAUGCAUCUCACACCACUGAGCAAGAAAAAAUACAUUUAGCAUUCUGGACCACACCACAGUCACUUGAACCUAGCACCCGUACUACCUCUAUACGGACAACCUUGGCCCCAAAGAAAUCAAGACGUCUGCCUACCAAAACUAAAACCACACCCACACCCGAAGCAAAACCACCUACACCUGUGUUAAAGGUAACCAAACCAGUUGACACAGUAGAAGAAUCAAGUUAUCCCUUGGUUCCAGAUGAAGCACAAAAAAGCUCUACUUUGGCACCCACAACCACCCUUGCAACAGAAAGCCCUUUCCCAAAACUUGAUCCUAAAACACCUCAUCGUAUGCCCAUUAACCUUGUAAGAGUUCAUUUUUUUGAGGAACCAGAAACGCCUUCGGUGCCAGAUAACACAGAAACAGCUAUUCCUUCUAAACUCAGGAUCACGACUGAUAAUCCUCUUCCAUCUGAUGAUCUUAAAACAUCACAUCGUAUGCCCAUUAACUUUAUAAGAGUUCAUUUUUCCGAAGACCCAGAACAGCCUUUGGCACCAAUUAACACAGAAAGAGUUAUUCCUCCUAAACCCAGAACCACAAGUGACAGUCCUCUCCCCACGGAUGCUCCAAGUGAGAAACAUACCACCUCACUUCCAACACCCAAAACAACUCAAUCCAGUAAAAUAACCCGCACAAAACCUGUUCCACAUACAACACAAAUACCACCUCAGCCGAAAACAACACAAAGAUCUGAAAGUCCACAUACCAAAGCUGUCUCUAAUGAAACACAAACCAAAAAACCCCAUCAGCCGCCUCCUAAAAAACAAAAAAGGCCCAAUCAGACUCCACGUCCACGUACAAAACCUGCACCCACUGGGACACCACAUGUCUCUAUUAGGCCUAAAAUUCCACAUCACGCAUUAAAUGCGACAUUGGCUCCCUAUAAAGUGCACCCUAGACCCAAAACAUCAAUCAGACCAAGGACCAGACCUGCACAAAAUGGAACACAGGAAGCUUUUAGAGCAAAACCUACUGGUGACGUUAACUGGAUGACCGACACAAUACCAGGUGGUAGACAGCCUGACAGUACUAAGCUUCUUGGAGUAAGUCGAAACAUUUCAAUGGAGCCAAAUAAUACCAGCAAAAGAACAUCUUUAGUAUCUUCCCCACCUCUGCUUCCUGCGCGACCGACUUCCUCGCGAAGAAGAUUACAGCCAAAUAAUGUGACAGGUAGACCAGCAAGCUCAGGAAGUGUUCUAUUGGCACGUACUCCUUCAACAGCGCGGCCUAAUGGUCCAUCUGUAUCUGUAAGGACACCACAGAAGCUGCCAACAUCUCCUUCUCUUGGAGAAGACCUUGUUGAAACAACAGUAUUUAGUCCAAGUCCGAAAUCAGAGGUAGACGUGUUGGGCAAAACCAGAUACACAGCUAAGCAUGUAACAUACAUGAGGAAAGAAGAUUUAGUUCCAUGUUCGAUCACAGACUCUCUCAGGCAUUUCCCAGUAGAAGAGGCCACCAAUCAGGAAAUCUUGAAUGCUCCUCAGAACCCACCAUCCAAUCUCACUGUGGUGACUGUUGAGGGGUGUUCAUCCUUUGUUAUCCUUGAUUGGGAACAACCUGACAAUGACACUGUUACUGAAUAUGAGGUUAUUUCAAAGGAAAAUGGAGCACCUGCUGGCAAAGAUAAGUCAAUCAUAACCACAAACCAAACCUACUCUACUGUGGAAAACUUGAAACCCGAUACAAGUUAUGAAUUCCAAGUGAUACCGAAAAAUCCACUGGGAGAGGGUCCUAGCAGUAACACUGUGGAAUUCAACACAGAAUCAGCGGACCCAAGGGUGAGCGAACCCGUUAAAGCUGGUAAAGACGCAAUCUGGACAGAAAUUAAAUUUAAACCAGACUCCUAUUCAGAAUGCAAAGGGAAGCAGUAUGUAAAGAGGACCUGGUACAAGAAAUUUGUGGGCAUUCAGCUGUGUAACUCCCUGAGAUACAAGAUUUACCUCAGCGAUUCACUUUCAGGAACAUUUUAUAAUAUAGGAGAUCAGUCAGGCUAUGGAGAGGACCACUGCCAAUUUGUAGACUCAUUUCUUGAUGGAAGGACAGGGCAACACAUUUCCCCCAAUCAGCUGACAACCAGAAAGGGAUUUUACAGAUCGGUACGCCAGCAGCCAGUUGAGUUUGGGGACAUAGGCGGUAACACGCACAUUAACUACGUCCACUGGUACGAAUGCGGUAUAUCAAUACCCGGCAAAUGGUAAGAAGAUCGGAUUCCGCCCAGCACAAGUCUGACGUUCGUCCUCCAGCAGUUGCGCUAGCUUUAUAGUAUCUGUUAUAGUUUUUUUUGUGUCUACUAAUGUAAAAUAUGUAUUAAAGUGAAAUUAUUAUGGAGUAAACAUUGUUCAAAGCAGACUGCUUCCAUAUUUAUCAGAAAUAUCAACAUGAAAAGGAUAUUGGCUUUAUAGGAUAAAGUCUCGGGAAGCUGGCUCCCUGUUCUUGAAAUUAUAAGAAAAGCAGUGUCUAUAUUAUUUAUCACAAUGUUGUAAUAAGUGUUUUGAGGCAAUAUAAAUAUUCAGAUCUGUUUGUUAAAGAAGCGAGAACAUCUUUUCUAACUCUUCUAGCAUAUUAGCACAACUGUCGGGGCCGCUAACAUUCAUUCCCUCGUGAUUUUAAUUUAAUCAUAAAAUAAAAUGGAUGCGGCCCUACAUUCUUCUGGAAACGAUCAAUUCACAGUAACCGCAUGACCUAGAGUAAGGGAGAUUCAAUUACUACAAAACCUGAAAGUUAUAAAACCCCAAAACAUUUUAGGGUGAUUAGGAAAAGGAUGAUAAAUCGUAACCUACACUAAAUACCAUCAUCCAUUAUAAAACAAGGCAGGUACUUUUUUUGCUCUCUCAAGAUGAUACUUUACAUUUUAGGCUGCAAAUAUUUUAAAAUUUAAACGUUAAGCAUGUGAUUUUUAAAUAAAAUUGUAAGUAACUUUCUACAGAAUGUACAGUAUAUUCUAUAUAGCUUUAUUUCAAAUGCAACUUUGUUUUAUAUCUGAAAAGCAGUAUAAGAACUCUAUAAUAAAAGAGAUUGAUCUUUUUUUA